AGAGAGAGAGAGAGAGAGGUGUUUUGUGUCAAGAGGAUUUCCAUUGAAAUGGAGUGCUUCAGUGUUUUCGUUCAGUUGAUGUUGGUAAGCGUUGCCUCUGCCGGGAUAGAUGGAAUACAUUGGACAUAUACAGAAGGGGCCCUGGACCAAGUGCACUGGGCGGAGAACUAUCCUGCGUGUGGCGGCCGGAAACAGUCCCCCAUUGACAUCCAGAGGCAGAGCGUGCGCCACAACCCCCACAUGAUACAGCUGGAGCUCACCGGAUAUGAUGCUCAGAAGGGUAACUUCCUCAUGAAAAACAACGGACACUCAGUUGAAAUCGUCCUCCCUCCCAGCAUGGUGAUCACCAAGGGUCUCCCCGGGCACUACACGGCCGUCCAGAUGCACCUCCACUGGGGUGGCUGGGACCUGGAGGAGAGCGGGGCAGAGCACACUCUGGAUGGCAUCAGAUACAUGGCAGAGCUCCACGUUGUCCAUUAUAACUCUGAUAAGUACAAGAGCUUUCAAGAGGCCAGCGACAAGCCCGACGGACUGGCAGUUCUAGCCUUCUUCUUCGAGGACGGACAUUUUGAGAACACCUACUACAGCGAUUUCAUCAACAACCUGGAAAAAGUCAAGUACACGGGCCAGUCCAUGAACAUAUCCACCCUUGAUGUGCGCUCCAUGCUUCCUGAGAACUUGAACCAUUUCUUCAGGUACCAGGGCUCUCUCACCACCCCUCCCUGUUACGAGAGCAUCCUGUGGACCGUGUUUGACACACCCAUCACCCUCUCUCACAACCAGAUCAGGAAGUUGGAAAGCACUCUGAUGGACAUGGACAAUAGGACCCUGUGGAAUGAUUACCGCAUGGCCCAACCUCUCAACGACCGCGUGGUCGAGUCCUCCUUCCUGCCUGGCCUGAGGAAAGGCACUUUCUGUCGCCAUGAUGAAAUAGAAUCAAAGCUCCUGAAGAUUGAGGGUCUGAUAACUUCACUUGGAAAACACAUACGUUCAAGUGCAAUUGGGGAUGCAAGGCCUUCCGAACAUGAGCCCCGAGUGAUGUCUCCCCUGGUGCUCCACUUCCCAGAGAGCAACACCGAGAGCUAUGCCCGGGCCCACCUGGCUCACUCCAUGGACCUGCACUCCCUCACCGCCUGCAUGCACCUGAAGACGCGCCCUGGAGAGAUACACACUGUCCUGUCAUACUCCAGCCAGGGCAACGACAACGAACUGAUGAUCACCGUGGGAUAUGAGGUGGGUCUGUGGAUCGGCAACGAGUUUGUCAACCUGCCCCACAACUUCCACUCCCGUGACUGGGUCAACUACUGUGUCACCUGGUCGUCCCACUCCGGGGGCGCUGAGCUGUGGAUCAACGGAGUGGUGGGGGAGGAGCAGUACCUCCGGAGGAGAUACACAGUCAGCCCAGCAGGGGUCUUCAUCCUGGGGAAGGACCAGGACGGCUUCCUAGGGAUCUCUGACACGGACGCCUUCGUGGGUCAGAUGACGGAUGUCAACGUGUGGGACUACGUUUUGAACUCGGCUGAGAUCCGGGAACAGGUGUCUUGUGAGGACACCGCCUCUCCCAGGGGGAACGUGUUUAGCUGGGGGGUCACACCUCUGAGUCUCUAUGGAGGGGUGCAGCUGGAGACAGACUACAGGUGUCACUGAGGGGAGGGGUGCAGCUGGAGACAGACUACAGGGGUACUGGGUGGUGUUAAGUUGGGCACAACGUAGCAAAACGCAUUGAAACGGGGAAUAAAAUAUAAAUGAUGUCUUGUCAAUAUAUCAAAUCUAUCCUUUACUGCUAACUAUUGAGUAUGAAGGAUAUCUCAUCUAUUUGAGACAUGGGUAACGGGCUCAGUAUAACAAUGUUUAUUGUAUAAGGGAAGGGAAUCGCAGCAGAUCUCUGAAUGUCCGUGUGGGCUCAGAGCAUCAGCAAUCCAUCGUAUUCGUAUCUUUUGUUUUCGAAAUAAAGUUCUAUAUUAAGCA